AACAAACAUCUAGACAUUUACAAAAUCAACAACAACCUUGAAAAUUCAGACCGAAUGUUCCACCUGCGAUCAACCAUCAAGAUUCAACAAGAAACACCAUCAAGAUACACUGUCACCACGUAUCUUCCGUCAUCUACAUCAUCCUCAACAGCAGUAGAAUCCAGCGACAAAGAAACCUCUUCAAACUCUCCGAAAACACCAACCACAAACGUUGAAAUGACUGACGAAGAAACCAGCGCAUCCAACCAGCCAGAAAUACAGACUCUACCUGUGAAAAGAGAUCUUUCAUCAACGGCAAAACAAACGCAGAGAUUCACAAAACAUGCAAAACAAGAUUAA